AUGAGAAAAACAACAUAAACUAAAUAGUUAAGUUUAUUUGACUCAAUCUUAUCAGGAUAAGCUUAAAAAGAAGAGGAAGAAAAGUAAAUUAAAUAUAGUGUAAAGAAUCAAAAUGAAUAAAGUAUUUAAAAUACUAAAUCAUUGCAUCAUUUAGUAAUUUAUAAUAAAAUUCUUAGAAUGAUAUUUUUUAUUCAAACAUUAUUGAUUAUAAGGAUUUUAAAUAAUCUUUGAGAUAUAAUAACAAAAAUUUGAAAAAAAUAGCAUUAGAAAAUAUUAAAAAUCCUCAUCCAAAAAUUAUUAAGAAUUUAAUCAAAUUUGAUUUAAGUGGUCUUGUAGAAUUAAAGUUGAUUAGUAUAGAUAUCACUGAUUCUAAAUUUGAAAUGUUUCUAAAAAAAGGAGGUUUAUCAAAUUGUUUUAAGAAACUAACAAUAUUAACUUUAAAUUGUUAAUCAAUGACUUCUAGUUCUUUAGAAUAUUUAUUUUAAGGAAAUUAAAUAAUAAAGUAUUUAGAUUUAAGUCAUACAAAAAUUGAUAAUUAAGGUAUUUAUUACCUAUCUAAAUUAUAAUGGCCAUAUUUAGAGACUUUCAUUAUAUAAUGGUGUAAUAAAAUAAAUAAUUUGAAUGAAUUAGGAGAGAAUGCUGAGAAUUUUCCCAAUCUUAAAAUAUUUGAUAGUAGAUUUGUAUAUGCAAAUAAUGAAGCAUAUAACAAAAUAAUAAAUUCUUAACUUAGUAUAACAUUAAAUAAUAUACGUUUAUUUGGAACUGAUGUAGAUUUAGAUAAUAUAUAAUGGAAAUAAAGUUUUUUAUUGAAUUUAUUUUUGGAAAAGAUAAGAGGAUUAAAUACAUAAGAAUUCAUUAUUCAAAAUAAUACAACUUGUGAUAGAACAACUAAUGAUUAUAAAUAAGUGAGAAUAAUAACAAGUAAAUUAAAUGAAAUAAUAUUUAGAAAUCUAUAAGGAUAAGGAUUAACUUAUGUCAAUAAAUCUUUCUUGGAAGAUUGAUCCUACUAUUGUUUAAUUACAAUAUAUAGAAACAGUAGAGAGUAAAGAUUAAAAAUUUAGUAAUUUUGGUAAAUUAUUUGAAUUUUUGUCUAAGGAAUGGUAGUUGAGAAAGUCUUUAAAAAAAAUGAUUUUAUUUUUUGAUAAAAUCUAAUGUGAUGAAACUAAUUUCGACAUAUUAUUAAAAACUAUAAUUGAUUUUAAGGAAAUGAAAUAACUCUAAUUGUAUAUAUAGAAUUAAAUGCUAUUGAAACCUGUUAGCUAUUAUUUUGUGUUUAAUUAAAUAAGUGAAUUACAAAAAUUAAUAAAAUUACAAGUAUUUGUUAUUAUCAAUUUCAGCUAGAUUUUUAAAAUGAUAAAUUAGUGAUAAAUGAUAUUUUACUUAAUAAAAUAUAUCGAUCUUUGUAAUAGUUAAUAAAUUUAAAUACAUUAGAAUUAAAUAUAAGAAACAAUAAAAUAGUAAAUGUUUUGGAUUUGUAUACCUUCAAUUAUCAAAUUAUUACAUCAAUUUUCAAUCCAUAAUUAAACUAUAUUACUUUAUUAGAGACUACUGAGGAUAAUUUAAAUUAUCAAUUUUCAGAUGCAGCCGAUCUACUAUAUAGUAAUCCAUUUAAAAUUAUAAAUAUUAAUAAUUUCUAAAAUUUUAUCUUACAAGAGGAUCAAAAUAAUACAAAAGAAAGAUAUUUCGAAAGAAUAACUAAAGAUUAUUAUAAAUAAAAACGAAAAUUAUUGAAAAGUGCAGUAAUUGCUGACUGUUAAAGAUUAAAUUAUCAUAGGAGAUUUAGAAAGGAACAGAUUAAUGAAAUUUUUUAAUAUAUAAUUAAUUCUAAAUGAAUGAUCUUGAUUCUGGAGAUGUUGCAAAUAAAUUUAGUGACUUCUAUGAAUUCGAAGAAUUUUUAGGUUCAGGAGGAUUUGGUAAGGUUGUUUAGGCAAAGAACAUCAAAGGAGAAAGUGUGGCUGUCAAAAUAGUACCUAAGAGAGAAUGUAGAAGAAGUUAUUCAGAAAUAUUAGCAGAAGCAAGCAUAUUGAGUCAAAUGAAACAUUCAAAUAUAGUGUAAUUUAAAAGAGUACAUGAAACAGAUACAAGAUUAUUAAUAGAAAUGGCUUUGGUGAAGUACGGGCAAUUGAAAAGAUUAUUUACAGAUAAAAUUGAAUUGAGUUAUGAAUAGAAAAGACAAUUAAUGCAAACUUUAUUCAAAACAGUGGCAUUCAUCCAUGAAAGAGGAGUAGUUCAUAGAGACAUUAAACCUGAGGUGAGGAUUGUAUGUAUACUAGAGAACCUUUUACUUGAAGACCCUAACGAUAUGACCACUUUGAAAAUUGUAGAUUUUGGAUUGUCAACUAGAUCUUAGUUACUCAUCAGUGGUUAAUGUGGCACACUCAUCUACAUGGCUCCAGAAUUCUUUACUAGUAAGCAUUACUCUAAAGUAAAAAUAUUAUUAAAUAGACUAGCCAGUUGAUAUUUGGAGUUGUGGAAUCAUAUUAUAUAUGGUAUGUACAGGUGGAAAACAUCCAUUAUAUGUAUAAGGAUAAACAGCUGAAGAAUAUAGAGAGAAAUUGUAUUAGCAUUUGUAAAAUCCAUAAUGGAAUUUCCCUGAAGGUUUUGACUAAUUAGCUAAGAAUCUUUUCUUGAAAUGUGUUGCUGAGGAUCCUAUGCAUAGAUAUAAUGCACAUUAAAUCUUACAUCAUCCAUGGAUUACUGGAAAGGUUAAUGAUCCUAUUCCACUCUCUUUACCUGAGAUGUAUAAGUCUUUUUCAAUGAGAGAGCGUGUAACAAGAAUUAUUAAGGCUUUAAUGGUCAUUAGGAUGAUGUCAAAAGAUUAUUGGAGAUGUAUCAAUACUAAGAAGGUAGAUUCAUCUUAUUUAGAUCAAGUAAUUAUUUUUGCUAUUAUUAUAGUGUAAUAAAAUCUCAUAAGCUCAUUAAUAAUAAUAAUAAUAAUAAAGUUUACUUGAUAAGUCUUAUGUUAAGGAAAUGAUGGCAGAACAUGCAUAAAUUAAAUAAAGAUAACACAAUCACAAUCAUAGAGUUGAAACUCCAAAAUAUUAAAGCAUUUUAAAAAGAUUAAUAGAUCCAUCUCGAAAUUAACAUGAUUCAUAUUUAGACUAACCUAAUAAUAGCUAAAUUGUAGAUGAAAAUAUGCUCAAUUAAUAUAAUUCCAUUAAUAAUAAUCAAUAAACAGAUGGUUCUUAACGUUCAGUUUCUUAAUAAAGUAUUUAAGAUGCAUAAGAAUGUGCUGAAUCAAAUAGUGGCAAACUUAUUAUUAUCAAAAGAAGUAAUCAAAAUAAAAAGAAAACAAAAAAGAUUGUUUAAUUUAUUACUACAAAAAAAUAAAAUAAUAGUUCAGUUGAUCUAUAAUAGAGAUCUAGAUCCACAACAGCCAAUAAUCCAAAAUAACUAAUGAAUACUCUUGCAGAGAACAAAUAAUUUGAAUCUCCUAAGAAAAUUUAACUUGCUUCUCUCACUUAAUUUUAGUAAUAAUAACAAUCUCAACCACAUCUCAUUUAGCCUUAGCAAUCCAUACCAUUUCUGAAUACUGUCUCAUAAUUUAAUGUGUUAAAACCACUUCCAUCUAAUUAAUCCCCUGUCCAUAGACUUAGUAGCCAUAAUGGUGGCAAUACUCCUAGUCUUCAUAACAUCUUAAAUUAAAACAUAGAGCAAUAGUAACAUCAGUAAAAUCAUAGCUAAGCAUAUGGUUAUAUUAGAAAAACUAGUGUUAUAACCUAAGAUCCAAAGAUUGUUGAACCUCCAAGUAUGUAUUAAUAAAAUAUUUUGCUAUUUUAGGAAAAAGGAGUAAUACUUCUACUCGGAAAUUAAGUGUUGUUGAAUUAGAUUGUCAUGAUUAAUAAAAAUAUGAAUAAUAAGAAAGUAAAUUUAGAUUUAUUAUCAAAAUAGAAAUAGUUCAUAAUUAAUUUUUACCUAGAGGAUGGUGCAAAACCUUACCAUUUUAAAAGUUUCUGCCUUCCAAAUAAAUGCAGGUCCAUCCUUAAUUUAUUGAAUUGAAUGCUUUGAGAUAAUAAAUUAAAAUUCCUUUACCCAUAUAGCUAUAAGUUCCAAAAAAAAAAUGA